AUGUAUGGCGUUCUUGUCAUUGGAGCUCCGGGUGCCGGAAAAUCCACAUUUUGUGCAGGGCUAGUGGAUGUUUUCGAACAGAUCAAUCGUCCACAUAUCACCAUUAACUUAGAUCCAGCCAACGAUUUUGUGCAAUAUACUGCUACAUAUGACAUCAAGGAACUCAUAACGGUGGAAGACGUUAUGGAAAGGCUGAAUUUGGGCCCAAAUGGAGCGUUAAAGUACUGCAUGAGCACACUGUGCCGAAAUCGGCAAUGGUUAUUGCAGAAGAUUCUUGAGAAUAAGGACAAAUACAUCAUCAUUGACUGCCCCGGUCAACUUGAAUUAUACAAAAGCGAAGGAGAACUAUGGGGUCUGAUUCGUGAACUUGAAAAGACGGGAGUUCGACUCUGUGCCCUUCACCUGGUUGAUUCUCUAUAUUGUUCUGAUCCCGCAAAAUUCAUUUCAGUCGUGAUGUCAACGCUAGCAACAAUGGUGACAAUGGAAAUGCCGCAAGUAAACAUACUUUCUAAAAUCGAUCUUUUUGACGAUGACGCCCCGUAUAGUCUCGACUACUUCACUCACUUACCGGAUGUCAAUCGCCUUCUAGAGCUGUUGAACGAAGUUCCCGGCUUGGAGCGUUAUCAUGGCCUUAACGCCGCUAUUUGUGACGUUAUCACAAGCUUUGACUUAGUCAGUUUUGUACCAUUGAACGUACAGAAGAAAGAGGAUAUGGCUAAGGUAUUACGGUUGGCCGAUUCAGCAAAUGGAUGGGCUUUUUAUGAACAAGGUGAUAUAAGGGAAAUGGUGACGAAAGAGUAA